AUGUUUUUACCACCAAACGUAACGUCUUUGAUUCAACCCAUGGAUCAGGGAGUAAUCGAAAAGUUCAAAAGAAUGUACCGAAAACAAAUGUUGAGGAGACUUUUAUUAAAUGAAGGCACUGAAGAGAGUGUUGUUGCAUUUUCAAAAUUAUUGAAUUUGAAACACUGCUGUUACAUGGCAGCAGAUGCCUGGGAUAAUUUGACUGAGGAAAAUUUACGAAAUGCUUGGAAGAAGUUGUGGGUUGCUUCUAUGAAGUUAGAAGCCGAAGAAGAAAUAACUGAUCUAAAUAAUUUUGAUGAUUUUGUUGAUUUAUUUAAUGAAAUUCCAGGAUUUAAUGACUGUAAUUAUGAUGACGCUGUUGAUUGGUUAGCAACUGAUGUAAAUGAUCUAGGUUAUCAAAUAUUAGAUAGCGAUGAAAUCAUUUCUUCGUUGCAAAAUGAAGAAAGUGACGACAGCAGUAGUGAUGAAAGUAUGAGUACGCCAAAAGGACCAACAUCUGCUGAAGCAUUUGCUGCAUUUGAAACUGGUCUUGAGUGGUUUGAAAAACAGGCCGAAUGUUGUCCAGCACAAUUACUUCUCCUUAAACGUUUGCGAGACUUGGCUGCAGAAAAGCGCGUAGCGGCUCAUCGCCAAAUUAAAAUUGAUAAUUUUGUCAAAAAAAUAUAA